AUGGGAGGUGAAAGGGUGACCGAAUCAUGGUUGGGCAAUUUCUGGCGGAGCUCGCGGUACAAGGCGCAAGAGCAUGAGAAAGCCACGAUUGGGAUUUUGUCUUUCGAGGUCGUGAGCCUAAUGUCCAAAAUGGUUAAGUUAUGGCAUUGCUUGAGCGAUGUCGAGAUUCUGCGGUUGAGAGAAGAGAUGGCAAGAUCCGUGGGCAUCAGGAAGCUUGUGAGUGAAGAUGAUAGGUACAUCAUGAGUCUCGUGCUGGACGAGAUCAUCGACAAUUUCGUGUACGUGGCCAGGGCGGUGGUCAGGCUUGCGAGGAGGUGUGCCGAUCCUGUGUACCACCAAAUUAGAAGCUUCUUCGAUGACCCAAUGAACAACUACAUCAAAUGGUUUGGUUGGGAGUACAAAUGGAAGAAAAUGGACAGAAGAGUGAAGAAAAUGGAAAGGUUUAUUGACGUCACGUUGCAGUUGACCCAAGAGCAGGAGGUGCUGGCGGAGCUUCAACAGACAGUUAGGAGGAUGAAGGCGAAUCCCAUGUCGCACCACGUCAAACUGUAUGAGUUUCAGCAGAAGGCGAUGUGGCAGAUUCAGGUGGUGCGUAAUCUCCGUGAGUUGUCUCCUUGUAACAGAACUUAUGACUAUACCGUUCGGCUCCUCGCCAGAUCGCUUUUCACGAUUCUUGAGAAAAUGAUACAUGCUUUUGGGGGUGACCAAGAUAAGUUUGAAUUAGAGGAAAUCCAUCCCACUUGUUUUUCCAAGGGCCACUCCCUCUCUGCUCUAAUGCAAUCUUCGGUCCAUCCAUCUGCUUACAGCCUCGAUCCGUUCUAUUUGUCACUGCGUCCUGACAAGGAUAUAGCAAACAAAAAGGCGCACCAAAUUCAUCAUCAGCAGUCCUCUUUGCUGAGGGAAAGGCACGGAUCGAUGAAACAGUCGCAUUACGUUGGACCUUUCAAGGGGUGCAUUAAUGUGGAAACCGAUUCUCCCCUUAUCGACAGUUACUGCAGAACAGAGAUGGUUGAAUCGACCAGAGCGACAAGUGUGUUUGGAAAUGAUGUCAGAACAAUGGACUACAAAGAUAUGAAGAGGUUGCUCGUGAGCAACAGAAUUUACUCUAAGCUCGCAUCUUUCUAUGCAAAGUGCGGGUGCUUAAUCACCCCUCCUCAUACUCUUGGCCAUGCUGCCUUAGCUGUGCACUAUGCUAAUGUGAUUGUUCUAAUCGAGGAGCUAGCAUCUUCGCCUCACUCAAUCACCCUCGACAUGAGAGAGGACCUCUAUCAUAUGUUGCCUGCUUCCAUUCGAACUGCUCUGAGGGCCAGGCUAAGGUUGCAUUCCAUGAGUUUGGCGUUGAUGGUGCAUGAUGGUGCGAUCGUGGAGAAAUGGAGGAUGACAGUGGCGCAAAUGCUGGAAUGGCUAGCUCCGCUCGCUCACAACACGAUAAAAUGGCAAUCUGAGCGGAGCUUCGAGAAGCAAAAUCGCAAUUCUGGGGCAAAUGUGCUUCUGGUACAGACGUUGUACGUCGCAGACCAACCGAAAACUGAGGAAGCGAUUGUCGAACUUCUGGUGGGUCUAAACCAUAUAUGCAGGAUUGGCAGAGUGAAAGCGAGAGCUGAGAGGUUUUUUCCGGAGACUAAGUGCGGCACUUAG